AUCUCUCAACCGUCAAUCAACUAGACUUCGGGCUCCCAGUUCCAUCCCGACAGUCUGCUACCAUGGGGUCAUUAACUAGCCAUUCCGAUGAAUACCCCAGAGGAUGGAGAUUGGGCCUUCUGACCGUGGGCAUCUGCUUAACCAUCUUCCUCAUUUCCCUUGACUUUUCUAUCAUUGCCACGGCGAUCCCCUCCAUUACCACCGAAUUUCACAGUCUAGAGGAUGUGGGCUGGUAUGGAAGCGCUUAUCUCCUGACCGCUGCUUCCUCACAACUACUUAUGGGAAAGAUUUACACCUGUCUCGGUGUCAAAUGGGUCUUUCUUACCGCACUACUUGUGUUUGAGGUCGGCAGUGCCAUUUGCGGCGCGGCACCCAACUCCCUUGCCCUGAUCCUUGGGCGUGCCAUUGCUGGCUGCGGCAAUGCUGGUCUGCUUUCCGGUGCACUCCUCAUCCUGGCGCAUAGUGUGCCACUUGAGAGACGUCCCUUGUUUACUGCUAUGACGGGCGGCACGUAUGGCAUUGCUGCUAUUGCUGGACCCCCUCUCGGAGGACUAUUCACGGACAAACUUUCAUGGCGCUGGUGUUUUUACAUCAACCUUCCCAUUGGCGCAGUUACCUUCUUAGUUGUUGCCUUCUUCUUCGAUAGCCCGGCCCAGUCAGAUGCUCCGACUGGCCAGACAUUCUUUGCUUCCAUCAAGCGCUUUGACCCGCUUGGGACCAUGGUCUUCAUGCCUGCCGUCGUUUGCGUGCUUCUGGCCCUUCAGUGGGGGGGUAUCACUUACGAGUGGAAUAGCGGUACUAUCAUCGCCCUGUUUGUCCUCUUUGGCGUCCUGCUUCUUGCAUUCCUCGCCAUCCAAUGGCGAGCCCAAGACAAUGCCACUGUCCCGCCCCGCUUGUUCAGAUUGCGCACCAUCUGGUCAUGUGCCAUCUACGAAUUUACCCUUGGCGCAGGAUUCUUUAUCUUCGUGUACUAUGUACCAAUCUGGUUUCAAGCCGUACAGGGUGUUAGUGCCAUUGAAUCAGGAAAGCGGACCUUACCCAUGCUCAUUGGCAACAUCGUGGGGACGACGUUGGCGGGGGUGGCCGUCGCUGCCAUCGGUCAAUACGCCCCAUUUAUGAUUCUGGGCACCAUCCUCACAUCUGUUGGUGGCGGACUAUUGACACUGUUUAAUCCAGGUAUUACCAGCGCAGCCUGGAUUGGCUACCAAGUUCUCGUGGGCGUGGGCAUCGGGGUUGGAUGGCAGCAGCCCAUUGUAGCUGUUCAAACAGUAGUCGGGAUGGAAGACGUGCCAACUGCCACAGCCAUCCUGUCCUUUGCCCAAACAAUUGGGGGAUCGCUCUUUAUCAGUGUGGCACAGUCCGUCUUUUCGAGCCGAUUGACACAGGACCUUGCGGCAAAAGCCCCCGGUUUGGACCCGUCGCUGGUGUUGGAUGGCGGCGCGUCCAAUCUGGCUGGCUACGUCCCCCGCCAGUAUCUAUCUGCUGUCAUCUCUGCAUAUAGUGAUGGGCUGACCCGCACAUUUGUUGUGGGUACAGCUCUUGCCGCGUUGUCUUUGAUUGGCAGUAUGUGUGUGGAAUGGAGGAGCGUCAAGGGCAAGAAGGUUGAGACCGGCAUUGCUGCUUAAGCGUUAAACGAAAGCCUAUCUGCUUAUCUGCAGAUGUUUCUGUACCUCGAAUUCAAACCAAGGUGAUGGUGGUGGCAGUGGCCAUGGUAGGGUUGAGGGGGUG